AUGCGUGCAAAGGCCCCCGGUGCAUCGUCCACCUCCUUGGCAGGGCAGUCCGUUAUGAUCAACUCCGUCGACUCCUACCACAUCCGCCUAGCCAUAUCCGGCACCUCCUGCGAUAAAUACCCAGCUAAGCAGCACGCGCGCAAUGUCGCCCGCAAGCUCGGUGUUUCUCACGGCCUAAUCUUCCUCGCCGGGCAACCUACAAUCAACCUGCGCGACUCCGAUCAAGCGCGCCCGUUCCGACAGCGACGAUAUUUCUAUUAUCUCAGUGGCGUCGACGAGCCCGACUGCGCUCUUACAUACGAUGUCGGUUUGGACAAGCUGACCCUUUUCGUACCGGACUUUGAUCUCCAUCGCGCGAUUUGGAUGGGUCCGACCCUUGAUCGAGAAGAGGCGCAAGAUCGCUAUGAUGUAGAUCGGGUCCAAUACUACUCCUCCCUCCAGUCGGAGCUGAAAGCCUGGCUGAGUGAACGGGUCCCGAACAGCCUUCUGUAUAUCAUUCAUGAGUCAGAGAAACCGGAAGGUCUCCCGCAAGAGUUACCGUUGGACUCAGAGCAGCUUCUGCCCGCCAUGGAUGCAGCACGUGGUGUCAAGGAUAAAUUUGAAAUCCGGAUGAUUCGCCAAGCAAACAAGGUCUCGGCACUGGCUCAUAGAAGCAUCCUGGAGCGCAUUUGUCGAAUGAACAAUGAGUCCGAGAUUGAAGGGCUAUUUCUAGACACUUGCAUCUCGCACGGUGCACGGAAUCAAGCAUAUCAGAUUAUAGCUGCUUCCGGCCCUAAUGCUGCUGUCCUCCAUUAUGACCGCAAUAAUGAAUCUCUUCAUAACAAGCCUCUUGUUUGUCUCGAUGCCGGCGCUGAGUGGAACUGCUACGCGAGUGACGUGACGAGAACCUUCCCGCUUACCGGCCAAUGGCCCAACCAAUAUACCAAGGACAUCUAUCACCUGGUCGAGCGUAUGCAGGAGGAGUGCAUCAAGCGGAUUCGGAGAGGCACUCGUUUCCUUUCUUUACACGACCUAGCUCAUGAAAUCGCCAUCGAUGGCCUGCUCAGGCUCGGAGUCCUGAAAGACGGUACGCACUCUGAAAUUCGUGCAUCCGGCGCAUCCAAGAUAUUCUUUCCUCAUGGACUCGGUCACCACGUCGGACUCGAAGUUCACGACGUUUCUGAGUCAGAAAUCACAGCGCUUCAUCCCUCACUAGAUCAAUUCCAGUACGGACCAGUCCUGAAUCAGUCCAUAAGCCAUUCUCCUUGUACAUUAUCCGCUCCUCUUCUGGAAGAGGGCAUGGUUGUGACAGUGGAACCUGGAAUCUAUUUCUCGCCCUUGGCUCUUGCAAAUGCGCGCAAGCAGCCUUUUGCUCGGUAUAUCGACUUCGAUAUCGCCGACAAGUACGUUUCCAUUGGUGGUGUGCGCAUCGAGGAUGAUAUCCUCGUUACCGCUGACGGUUAUGAGAACCUCACCACUGCGCCGAAGGGAGACGAGAUGCUUGCCAUCAUCAGGGGAUCUCUGUAG